AUGAUGAAAUAUACGCCGAGGCCGUUACGUGGGAUGCGAUUUUACAUGGUUAAAGCGAGUAUCAUGGAGAUGGUCCUCGCGUGUCUCAUUUUCUUCACUCAAUAUCGGUUCGUAGUCUACUCGGGGGAAAUUUAAGUGUUCACUGGAGGGUUCUAGGGGCUUUGAGUGGUCUUUAUUGUCUUUAACAUUUGGUUAUUUACGCGCCUAGUGGUCCAGAAUCUGAGAUUUUUGAGAUUUUAGAUAACUUACUAUAAAUUGAAGUGACCAGUUCGAGAAAAGGCGUAGUAAGACUACUUGAAUGGAGAUAAGUAAAAAAAAAGUCUGGAGGAAUUUCAAGUGGUUCCCUAAGGGUUUUCGGUUUUUAGUGUCUCUAGAGUUAUAUCCUUUUGGUGGUAUUUUAAAAAACGAAACUAGAUUGAAACAGUUUUUAGAGGUUGACUACAAUGAAAAUUUCCAGGAACUUUCAGAUUUUUAACCUCCUACUAGUUUCUUUUCUGAGAAAUCCUGAGCUUUCUAGGACUCAGUUCCAAGCUUCUAGUGGUUAUUUUUCAAUGGAAUUCUGACCUUUAUAAGACUUUAUUCUAAGCUUCUUGUGGUGAAAGCACCGUUUUACGGGUUUAAAGGAGAAUUCAGGGUUUUGAGCUUAUAGCUAGCCUCUGCAGAAUUUCAAGCUUCAAAUGCUGAUUCCUGUUCUUUCAGGGUACUUCCAAACAAGAAAUCUCUAGCCGUCGUUUGCUACGGUCCUUCGUCUAUAUUCUCUCAAGAUGUUUGCUUCUACGCGUUCUUUACUUUACUGGUACGUUCAAUUAUCCAAAUCGCGCGAUAAAAACAAUAAAGCAGCCGCUGUUUUUUGGUUGAAAUCGCUACGUAGAGAAUUGAGUUAGCGUCUGUUUGGUAUUUGGUUUUUGAAAAACGCGUGAUUUCUUGAAGAACACGUUGCGAAAGUUGAAGUUUCGAGAAAUUCUUCAAAAAUUGAGCUAAACUUCAUUUGAAGGGGAUUAGGCUUGAGAUUCGAGACUUUAUCAAGAAUGGAGCUGAACCUUCAAAUUGAGGGAUAAGACCUCAAUUUUGGGGAACCUGAAAAAUGAAAAUAGGUUACGGUAGCUGGGUUCUACAACUUUAUCUAGGGGGCGCAAAGCCCCGCCCCUUCACGGCACCAAAAUGACGAUUUUUUUGUUGCAAAAACGGUUUUGAGGCGUUUAUACUAGCUAAAGUCUCACUUUAAAAAUGAACUGUUUCUGAAAACCUAUGUAAUCGACAACGCUCUACAAGACUGAAAUAUUUUUUUAAAACUAUGUAUUUUUUUCAAAAAAAUAAGCGAAAAAAAGUAAGAUUUAACACGAAAAAAAACUGACAAGUUUCACAAAAUCGUCGCGUUUCUGAAAACCAAGUGAGGAACGCUUCCGAAUUUUUGAGUAUGUUAUACAUUAACACUUUCUUUAUUUUUUUGAAGGAAAAUUUGAAAACAUCUAACGACGCGAAAAAUAUCGAAAGCUUGUAAAGUGACACCAAACUUUGAAGUUAAAAUGCGAAAAAAAUUUCAGCGACAUGGUAUACUUUUUUUCAUUUGAUUUAAAAAAACUCACAAUGUGCUCACAAACAAAAAAAUUCAAAAUGAAAAUAAUUAUUGGGACAGCGAAUCAAAUUAUAUUUGAAUUUUUACCAAAAACCUCCAUUUUUUUCGCCUGCCUCGUUGACGCAUGAGAGAAUAUGAUCGCGUCUAUAUUUUUUUGAUUAUGUUAUUAAGCGUUCAAAACUCUAUUAAUGGAAAAAUCAUGAAAAAAAUCAAACGACGCGAAAAAAAUAACGGCUUUGAAAACCUCGAAAAAAUGGCAAUUUUUUUUGAAAUUUUGGAGGGUUUCGUGCAAGUGUCCGUAGCAGUGUUUGCGUCAAACACACCGAUGCGCCCUUUUAAAUGUUGCAGGAGCCGUUUUUUUGGAGUCAAAUUGCACAUUUUUCCUGUUUUUAUUUCGAAAUAAAAUUAUUUUUUUCAUUUUUUUCUUUUUUUCCAAACCAAAUGAUAAUAAUUUUUUUCUGAUUAGAAAAAAAGAAAAAAAUAAGCUGAAAAAAAUCCCUUUGACCUUUUUUUCUAGGUAGUUUUUUUGAUCUUUUUAACAAAAAAAUUCUUAUGAGGAUUGUACAAAAGAUUCAUACCAAAACAUGAGGCUCAGUUCGGACAACCUCUCAGAACAGAAAACCGAUUCGAAAACGGUCCAGAAACGCGCAAAAACAUUUAAAAAGAAAGCGUGCGGCAGCGGGUAAACCGUGAGAUUUUGCCUCCAGUUGAACGCCGAGCGCGCUCGUUUUUUGGCCAUAACUUUUUUCUUAGUGGAGCUUUUUUCAAAAACUAAACGGAUUAUGAAAAUGGACAGUCUCCUCUAUCGAACAAUGUGAAAAACAUAUUUUUUGAAUCGUUCUGAAGAAAUGGCUUGCGGACCCUAACUUUAUCCUUUAAUUUUGAUUCAAAUUAAAGCUCUCCAAUUACCAGGCCAUAACUAAAAUAAUGUACCAGAAAACUACCAAAAAACCAUCUAACAGCUUUCUUGAGCCUAUCUUCAAUUUUUUCUCAAUUUUCAGAUAUUCGGUUGUGAAAGCGUCCUUUCCAUAGCCCACACAAUCUACUAUCAAUGUCGAAACGCGGAUAGAACCUCCAAAACUCUGCCUCUUCCAGUCAUUAUUCUACAAACGAGUAUCACUUUUAUUCCACUUUUUGUGCUACAGGUUUGUCGGUUCGAUCUUUUGAAAAAUUUUCGUGCAUAAAACCUAAAAAAAGCUUCAUGCAGGUGCAAAGUAUGGAUAAGAAACUUCAUGGUAUGAUGGGAAAAUCUGGAAAAAUUCCCACAAAACCGAGCUGAAGGUUCCAAAAAUGUAGCUAAUUAAAACAUAAAGAGGGAACGGCUUUGGGAAAAUGCGGAAUUUUUCCGCAGGUUUGUAGAAUUCUUUUUAAAAGUACAAGCAAAUGAAACGAGAAUAAAGUAAAUAUAAAGAAAAAUUUCUAUUUAAAAAGAGAUAAAAUUUGAUUUUUUUAGAGAAAAAAAUAUCCAUUUUUCUCUUUUUUUCAAAAUGAUGUGACAGUCUACAAAUUGAUGAAGCUCGGAAAAACUUGAAAGUAAAAUUUUUUAAAUCGAGGUCUCUGAAAGCUUUCAAACUUUCCGGAAACUUUUAAGGGUCAAUUUUUGAGACCUAUUUUCAAAAUUUAUAUUACUUCUCUUCAGAAUUUUUUUGAUUUUUUUUCCAAUUUCGAAGUAAAAAAAAAUCCAAUCAAACCAAAAUUGGUCCUUUCCUUAAACCUAACGGAAAAUCCUUUUUUUUUAACUCAUCCAAACAUUCUUCUCUAUUCAGAAAUGACUUCUUGAAAAAAAACCUUUACUUUUCAGAUGCUGAUCAUCAUGAUGAAGAAGGACUUUGCGGCGGUCCAGGAAGAAACUGAACUGCUUCAUCCCGACGUCAGAAAUUCGGGCGGAGUCGUCUCCGGAUUCGCUGAAAUGUACGAUCCCUUGAAUAUCAUCGCCGUCGGGGUCCUCGGCUUGAUUAUCUACGGAACGCCGUUUUUCUCGAUUCAUUGUAAAAGGUUGGCUUGAUGGGUGAGGUUACAUAAAUAAUUUAUCCGAUUCAGAAUAAUUUAUCAACGUCUGUUCGCGUACGAGGCCUCGAUUUCCCAAAGAACCCGUGAGAACGCCAAGACGUUCAUCCGGGUGAGUCACGUCAAUUAUUUAUUUUGAAAAAUUGGGGCUUCAAUUGGGUUCAAAUAAACACAGUUCGAAGUGAUCUUUGAGAUAUUAGAGCCGCCGAAAUGUUGGAUGAGAAAUUUAAUUCACAAAACAGGUCAAAAUUUGAGAUUUAGACGUAGAAUAGUAAAUUUAUUUCAUCAAAAAAGCUUGUGGUGCCUUAUUUAUCAUGGUUAUAGGAUACUUCACUUUUUUCAGUUCAUCAUUUUAUUUGGAAUUUAUCAAAGAUUAAAAUCUGUAGUUUCAUAAGCUUCUCAAAGGCUUCAACGUUAUUUAGAUCCUACAAAACUGAUCCACGCUUAUAAAUUCUCAAAUUCCCAUAUUUAAUAACCAGGGAGCGUUUUUUUUACGCUAUUUUAAGCUUCUGAAGUGAACUCGAAAGCGAAAAAAAACGUUCCCUAGUAAACAUGCUCGGACAUUGGUUACGCGACCCGGACGUGUCGGGGCAUUUCUGGUGACCACUUUAGUGGCGUCAGUACUCUCAAGUGAUCCCUAGAAAUUCUCAAAAGCGUUACCAAGAUCCGAGUGAGUUUUUUGGGUUCCUUCAGGAUCUAAGGUUCUUAAACUACAUGCGUCUUUAAGCUUUUGGGGUUUUUAAGGUACUCCUCUUCACCAUGCAUUUUAGGCUUUUCUAGUAUACUUCAAAGCUUUGAACUUUUUUUUAGAGUUUCUUAUUGUUUCAAAUUUCAAAUUUUUUUCAUCCCCAAGAAAAAUCUGAUUUGUAGCCCAUUUUCGUUCCAUAAAAAUCACUGAAACCACUUAUUUGGAAUGAAAAAAAAAAGAAGUCAUGUGUCAAUUUAUAUAGGAUUUUUGAAUCAGAACCGCUCAAAACUUCAAAUGAAUAAAAGAUUUUCCAGGCUCUCAACUUCCAAGCGAUGAUCCCAGCCAUUUGCUACAUUCCACCAUUCACAAUCUUUGUAUAUAACCAAUAUUUUGGUGAGUUUCUAAUUUUUCAAACUUCUAAGGAUCUAAUGAUUUUUUUUCAGGCUCCGAAAUGCCAUUAACAUCUCUUAUCAUUCCGUUGACCAUAUCAAUCCCUACAAUUAUUCAUCCAGCUAUCACUUUAUAUUUCAUCCAGCCUUAUCGUCGCGCAGUCAUGGCAUUCAUCAAAAGAGACCGGCUCAGAAGACGUUCUUCGAUCUUCCCCUCUAAUGAUGACAACAGCAAAUAUUAA